ACUGUAUUUAUUUAUAAUGUCAUCAUAGCGCGGAGUGUUUAAAACCAUAAAACCACCCCUUACCAAAAAAAAAAAAAAGAAAUAGUCCAAAAUGUAAACAAGUCAGGCAGUUUUCACGGUCGGGGAUAAGAGAAACAGAUCGAAUGUAUUGCCAACAAGAAGUGCCACCUGAUCACAGGUCCGGCUUAUUUUAGCCCAUUGGCGUCAGUUCGCAAAUAUGUGCGCUUUUUAUACCCCUGAACUGUAAACUUCAACAGUAAGGUCUUUAGCUGUUUUUUUAACGCCACGAGAUCAAGAUGAAACUUCUAAGUUGCAUACAGUGCAGAGCAUGCAGAGCAAUUUAGACAUUCCAGAAUUUGCUAGCUAUAUGGCGUAACUGUACCUUACAGAAUAUUGUCUAAAGUCUCGUAACAUUUCCUUCAUCCCACCGGUUUUGUAACUCACUGAUACUGUACUGCUGCAAUUUUUGGGACCCUGUACUCUCUUUUCCGCUACCACCUCCUUUUCUCCAGGCCAGGGCAGAGAGGUUUUAGGACAGGAUUUCAUAUGUCAUCAGUCUGCUGGGGAGAGUUGGAACUUAACUACAUUAGACCAGCAAACUGUUUUGACCCAACAACGGAAAAUCUGUUUAAAUAGCUGGAUUGCUUGGUUUUUGUUGCUGUUAAAAGAUAACGAACAACAACAGAUAAAGAGCCAUUCCCAAUGAAAAGAAAUUGCAGAGUUUACCAGAAGGCCAGCAGCUCCCCACAGGAGACACAUUUUUAGGUAGUGCAAUGUUGAGCUUUGCAUUGUUCUCGGAAAGUUGUGUACCUGUUGCAAAUUCCUUGAACUUUGGCAACUUUGGGAGCCCACUGCUUUUUGGCCCCGCCUCUUUGCGGUUGGCCCAGAUUAAGACCCAGUUGGCCCUGCACCAGCUCAACACAAUCACCACCGGUAACCACGGCGCAACAGCUUUGUCCUUGCUGAACUUGCUCAAGGUCACGAUGUCCCAUCCCUUGUACAACCCACGGGGGGCACCCUUCUCCAACCAGAGGCCUGUCAUGUCCAACCAGUACGGCUUGAAUGCACAGCCAGUUCUUGACAUGGCAGGUGCGCGCUUAGGUCCUGCGGCAGGGAUGAUGUCUCCAAUGAUGCCCCAGCAGAUGGGCUACCAGAUGGCCCAGCACCCCACGGGCCUGCCUCAGGACAUGGAGUCCACCAUAGACAUGCACAUCCGUGGAGCUCGGGAGGAGGUUCGGCUGCUCAACCAGAUGAUACACCAGCACAAGGACCCCCGCCUGAGGAAAGAGCCCAGGGAAGAGAUGCUGUCUCAGGGGAACAGCUUCCCCCCGCAGAGGGUCCCUGGCAGACCAGAGGAGCAAUCCACUGUGGACUGGUCAAACUUCCAGAACCUAAACAAGCUCUUCGCCCCGCAAGUGAUGGCCCAGCCAUCCCCUCCUGCCCAGAUGUUCCAACCCUCUGGGUUUGGGACCCCUUCUGGGGGAGGCAGAGGAAGUGCUGAGAGCCAGCCUCCUCCAGCGUCCAUUCCUGCCGAGCGCCGGCAGUCCCGUUACACCUCGGAGAGCGCCAGCAGUAUCCUGGCGAGUUUUGGACUUUCGAACGAGGACCUUGAACUCCUCAGUCACUACCCUGAUGAGCAGCUCACCCCUGACAACCUGCCCUUCAUUUUGCGAGAUAUCAGAGUCAGAAAGGCCAAGAGGAACCUGCCGGACGUGGACCACCGUCUCCAAUCACCCGGCACGCAGGAUCGCCUCGGGGGCGAGCCGCGGCCCAGCAAAGUAAUUGACUAUGGACACUCAAGCAAAUUUGGCUACUCUGAGAAGAGCCAGGACAGUUUCAAGCAUGAACAGCGGACCACAGACCCUCAGAAAUAUGUGAGGGAUGCACCCGUUGCAGUCUCCACUUUCCCCUCAGUAGACUCCAAACGGCAGAGCUCUGGACCUGUUUCUAAAAAACCACUGAUUGACCAGAGGAAGAAUCCACCCAGCAUGGAGGACAAGACCGGCAAGAGUGUGCCAACCAGAGACUCCCUACCGGCACCCAACAGACCCACGGCGGGGCCUCCACCGCCCACCCACGGCAUCAGAGCCAACCUGGUGAACCUCACCGAGGGCAGCAGCGCUCUGAAGCCCGGGUUUGCGGUCACGAAGCCAGCCUGGUCUUCCUCGUUCCCUCCAAGCAACGCUGGGACCUCGAAGAGACUACCCACACCUACCAUGAUGAAUGAUUACUCCGCUGCAUCCCCAAGAAUCUUUCCCCAUACGUGUUCUCUCUGUAACGUAGAAUGUGUCCAGAUAAAGGACUGGAUCGAGCACCAGAACACCAGCAUUCACAUCGAGAGCUGCCGACGCCUGCGAAAGCAAUUUCCUGACUGGAACGUGGAGACUGUUGCAGUUUCCAGGACCGAGAGGAAGCCGCCCCCGGAGCACCGCCCCCCAAAGCGACGAACUCGCUCCUCAUCCAGAUCCCGGUCGUGGUCCCGCUCGCCCAGCCCCUGGCGUUACCAUGGCCGCUCGGAUUCGCGGGGUCGUAGGCCGCGCUCCCGGAGCCCCCGCUCCCGGAGCCCCCGGCGAUACCGCCGGUCACGGAGCCGGUCCCGUUCACCCCGCCGUGUGGCACGCAACCAGGCCCCGCUGCAGCCCCGCCGCCGGUCCCGCACCCCUCCGCCCCGCCGGUCCCGCACCCCCCCGCCCCGGCGGUCCCGCUCGCGCUCCCGCAGCUUCACCCGCCUCUCCCCGCCCCGCGCCACCCGGUGGCUGAACCCCCGACACGCCAGCCCUCGCCGGCAGCAGCGGUCCUCCAGCAGCGAGAGGCUUGCCAAAAUGCUGAUCGAGUCGUCAGGACUGGCUGUGACUCACAACACCGCUCUGGAGGCCAUGGUGAAGUCCCUGGCGCCCGCUCUCAUGGCGGAGCUGGCCAAGAAAAAGAGCGGCUCCUCCUCUGCCUCCACCAAGAGCGCGGACAAGAAGAAGACCUCCCCACCCACCUCUGGAAAAACAGUCCCCUCAAAGACUGGCACCUCCAAGGCUACAGUGUGCAUGGAGAGGGAAGAGGAUGCCAAAACCCUGGCUGAGUGCAGGAACCUGACGAUACGAGGCAGAACCAUUAGCAUCUGUGUGGAGAAAGAUGCAAGAGAUCACAAGGUGAAGCCUCUUGUAGGAAAAAAGAAGAAGGUGCCUUCGGCCAAGCUGCCCGCGAGCAUGAAGGCAAAGGUGCCUGCCAAGAAAACAGAUGGCAACGUUGUAAAGAAGGUGGUAAAGAAGGAUUUGCCCAAGAAGUCUAUCAUCCAGAUUUUGGGUCUGCCAGAGAGCGGCUACACAGAGGACGACCUCAAAAAUCUGGCCACACCCUUUGGCUUCUCCUCUGGCCUCCUCAUCGCCGUCCAGCAGAAACAAGCGUUUGUGGAGCUUCCCGACCUAGAUUCUGCAGAGGCCAUGUUGAAGACCUACAAGGAAAGCCCGCCCAAAAUCCAGGACUGUCAGCUGAGCUUCGAGCACAUGACCCGGCCCAUAGAUUUCAGCAAUCCGGAGUCAUUGUUCAGAAUGUUGAUGGGAAUUGAGAAGCCCACGACUAAGAGUUCAGAGAGGGUAAGAAACAAGGCAGUUGUGAAGGAAGCUGCUAACCUUGGGGACCGCCUCCUGACGGUCAACAACGUUCCCAUGGGGAUCAGCCCAACCACAGAGGUCAAGGAGCUAAUCAAACGCUUUGGGAGCUUCAAGCAGGCCUUGGUGCUGAAUCACAGGAUCAUUUUGGAAAUGGAUACUCCAGCCAUUGCCAAGGCAGUCUUCAAUCGUUUCCAGAAGUUUCCCUGCAUUGUCCAGAACAGCCCCCUCACCUUUUCUGUGAUCAAUAAACCUGUGAAGGCUGCAGAAGAGGUCAAGAAGAAACCUGAAGUUAAAAGUGGCAGACCUGCCCCUAAGCCUGGUGAUGCAGCUAAGAAGGGCUUAGCGGCCCCCAAAACCAUGGCCGCCGGCUUGAAAGGCACCCCCGCUGGCCCCAAAACCGCAGCUGCUGCAGGAAAAGCAAAAAUGUCCAAGGCUCCCGCAACCACACCCACCCCCGCGGCCACAAAGGCCGGGAAUCCUGCUGCAGCCAGCGCUGCCGCCACGGGCAAAACCGCUCAACCAGCUCCCACAGCGCCCCCUGCUGUCACCCCCAUUGCCACAGCUGCUAAGGAACCUCCAGCCAAACCCAGCUCCCCACCACCAGAGGGCGCAGUAACAUCUGCCAAGAGCCAGACGGUGGAGACCACAGACAAUCAGAAAAGCCAGUUGGAUGCCCCCGCUGGAGAUCAGGGUACAGCUGAAGCCCCCCUUGUAGAGACCAAAGAGGACCAGGGGGCGAGCCAGGAGGCCUUACCGAGCAAUACUGCUCCCGCGCCAGCAGAGGGCGAUGUUGCCAACUCGGCUGCAGUCGAGGACAAGGACGUUAUGGCUGUGGUUGAGGACAAGGACGUUAUGGCUGUGGUCGAGGACAGCAACGUUGCGGUCGAGGACAAGGAGGUUGCGGUCAAGGACAGGGACGUUGCGGUCGAGGGCAAGGACCUUACAGUCGCGGUCGAGGAAAAGGAUGUUACGGCCGCGGUCAAGGACAAGGACGUUACGGCCGCGGAGGGCGACUCCAAACAGGACUGCAAGCCCGCAGCGGUGGCCAAGCCAGAGAGCGAGCCGCAGGCCGGGAAGGCUCCGCCCGCCAAAGGCCCCGCCCCGACGGCCCCCAGGCCCGACCAGAAGCCGCCGGACUUCCCGCCGGUGACGCAGGAGAUCCUGCGGGCACUGGAGGCGGCGGUGCAGGAGUGCCGCAUGCGCUCGUCCCUCCGGCGCAGCGAGGAGGCCAAGCGCGCCGAGGCCGGCAAGGGCGGGGCACCGCCCCCCCGCCGUGAGCCGUCCCCGCCCCGGGACAGGCACCGCGGCCGCGCCCAGUCAGACGAUGAGCUGCCCCCCGUCACGCACAGAGGGAGCUCGUCUGGGUCAUCGUCAGGGUCGCGAAAGAGCAGGCGCGAUGGGAGCCCCGCCCCCAGGAGGGGGAAGGACCACGAGGGGGAAGUGGAUAAGCUCAAGAACUACAGCUCAAGUAGAUCCUCUAAGUCAUCAAGCAACUCCAAAGCUGCAGGUGACAAAAGGGCUGAGGAACAGGACUUCACCGAAGACAUCUUUCCGUUCGACCUGGACGAGUUCGUCACCGUGGACGAGGUCGGGGAUGACCUGGAGGGUUCCUCUCAGGAGGAAGAGAAAAAGACCUCGGAGCCCCUACAGCACUCCACGCCCUUCCCGGGAAGUUCCAGAACACGGAGGAGGACCCGGGCCUCACCGACUGCAAAAAACCAGAAGAAGCCCGCCCCUCCCACUCAGAAAUCACUGAAGAAACAGACAACCACUGCCAAGGGCAAGCAGGCCAAGAAGGUUCCGUCCAAACCUGUGGGGACCAAAGACGAGCAGAGGCCCCAGGUAGCUGCAGAGGGGGCCGGUGAGGUGGUGUUGAAGAUGGAGUCUGAAACCCCUAAAACGGAGGUGGAGCUGGAUGAGAAGAUGGAGGAACAGAAGGUGGAGGAGGAAAAGGCCAAACCCCCUGUUACCUCAGACCCUCAGCGCGGUGAGGAUAUGGAGACUUCCGCUCCAGAAAGUGCAGCUGAAGUGGUGGAAACCAAAACUGUGGACGUGGCGGCAGAGGCCACCACAACCACAGAAACUGUUACCUUGGCCUUGGAAAGCCAACCGGAACACCAAGCUGAGGAGGAAGGCCCCGCAGUGGAGGAGAAGGGCCAGUCGACGGGUGAGACCACUGCUCCCUCCAUCCCUGCAGCCCAAAAGUCCCAAGAGCCACCUGUGGAUCGGAGUCCCUCAGAUCGGAGUCCCUCAGAGGAGAGUCCUGCAGAGGCGGCCCCCACGGAAAGGGCUCCGACGGAGACUGCUUCCACGGAGACAGCUCCUGUGGAGACUGAUGACCUGGUGCCUACGAAGCAGGAGCAGCCCAAGAAGAUGGAGCCUGGCCUUAAGAAGGCUCCCCAGGGACUGGCGGCCGCUCUGGUCACCCUGGACGAGGUGAGCGAGGAAGAGGAGGACUACCCCGAUGAAGAGGAGGAUGAGGAGGAGCUGCUGAUGGAGCAGAACGAGGCGCUGGUGACGGUGGACGAGGUGGGCGGGGACGAGGACCCCUUCCUGCAGGCGGUGAAGGACCUCCAGGCCCUGGUCACCCUGGAUGAGAUCGUGGAGGAGGACGAGCCCAGCUCCGAGCCCUUCCCCUUCGGACUGGGGGAGGAGACUGGCGACGCCUUCAACCCCGAGGCUUUGCUGACACUAGACGAAACGCAGGACGACGAUGAGGAGACUGGGGCAGAGGCAGCCAAGAUGGCGACCUCCGAGAAGUCCACAGAAAGUCCCGCUACCCAUGAGGCUCUGUUGACUCUGGAUGAAACACUGGGUGACGAUGAGGAAUUGGAGGAAGACAAGAUACCAAGCUCCGAAAAAUCCACUGACUCUCCGUCCCUCCCGACCGGUCUUGCGCAGUCUGACUCCCCUGUCGUACCCUCGGCUGAGUCGGGUGAGCUUGUGGGGUCUCCCAGCCCCGAGGAGGUGGGCAGGGGGCUGGAGGAGCUGCGGAAGAUGAAUUUCGUUACUGUGGAUGAGGUUGGAGAGGAAGAGGAGCAGCAGCAGCAGCAGGAGGAGGAGGAAGAAGAGGUGGAACCCGCACCAAGUCCCGUCGUGACGGGCGGUCGGCCCAAGAAGAGAGGGCGCCAGGCCACUGUCAGGAAAUCAGCCAGAGGGAGGAAGCCUUUGCCUGUGAAGAAAGAGGAGGCGGACCCCACCCCUGUGACCCCUGUGGAGUUCUGCUCUGUCUUGGUCCCGGAUCCUCAGACCGUGAAGACAGAGGCGUCCGAGGACAUGCCCGACGACGAGCCAUUUCAUGCCAGACAGGACCCAAAGUCCAACGGGGAUAAAGCUCUCUCAGAGGAUCCACAGGAGGGCCUUUGCACGACCAACCCAAGAGCCACGGUCAAAGAAGAGUCUAGGCUCAGGAGAGACGAGGGCCAGGUAGAGGAGCCGGACGCCAAGAAGCACAGAACAGAGUCUCCUGUUCCCACAGACUACAAGAUGCCUCCAUUCUCUGCAAACAACCCCAUUGGCCUGGAGUUUGUGGUCCCGAAGACGGGCUUCUUCUGCAAGCUCUGCUCUCUGUUCUACGGCAGCGAAGACGCUGCCAAGAAGACCCACUGCAGCAGCCUCAAGCACUAUCAGAACAUGGAGAAGCAUUUCCAGAAGCUAAGACCGGGUUCCAGUUGCAACUCCCUGUCCGAAUGAAUUCUUCCCCCUUUCCCCCCCCCUCCUUUCCACAUCCUGUGGGUUUUUCACAUUUAUGGGUCCAAUCUCUCUCUGUACAUUUGUUUCCUUUCAGGAGUUAAUAACCCUGUUAAUUUAAAGAGAGAAACUAGCGAAAAGCAAAACGCAAGUGUGUAACACAAUAAACUGAGUUUUAUUAAAAAAA